AUGAAGGAGAAACCUCCAUAUAACGGAAAUGUUCGACAUGAACGCUUGUGGACACCAGUAGAUCCAUCAGGGUUUUUGAGAAUAUGCUGUGUUGUAUGCGAAAAUGAUAUUCAUUCUCAGUUGGUGCUUAAUGGCAACUCCGGAGCAUCAGUAUGUAUAUCAUGUAAUGCAGGAAAUGCGCCACGUCGUAAUCUAGAUGUAGUUUCUACUGGAGAAACUCUACAAUUCAGCAAAGGAGCAGUUGGUAUUUGUAAACGAAUUGUUGAUGCAGAAGUUAUCGGACAUACCCAAUCCCAGCGAGGUAAUAGGAAAACUGAUGUCAGAGUUAUACAAGCAGAAGAUACCAGCGCUAGUGCAAAUAGCGGAGAUAAGGAUGCUUCAACAAUUGACCAUGCCCUUUCAAAUGGUUCUACUAAUGGCUUCCAGGAAAAAACGUCUGAGCUAGGUAUUAAAAAAACGGGGACGCAUCCUGACCUAGCCAAACUGCAAUAUUGGGAUGGCAGGAAAUAUGUAAUGCCCUCUGUUGGAAAUAACUAUGGAGACGUCUUGUGGAAUGAACAUUACGGAAAAGAUACAUCGCACCAACACAUUCACGAGCCGCCCCUUAUUGGCAAUAUAGCUGAGCAACUUAAAAAGUUACCACUUAAGCGCAAUGAUUGCGAUGUUUGCAGGAGAACCUCUAAGUUGGAAUCGGACUGUGCGUCGGGUAGACGCAUUAUCGAUAACAAUGCUCCAUGUAUACAUUCCUUGGGACUUAAACACGCACCCAUGCCUUUGGGACUAACGUCUGAUAUUGAUAUAAAAGGAGAUGGUAUACAUAGAUCAUAUUACUCACAAAAAUCUGAAUACAAUCCGGAUUGUGUUAAUAUGGAUUAUAUACCUAGGAGGCAGACGACGUACGAGAACGUUAGCUUAUAUGACGGACAUCCAGAAAUCGACGAAUUGUUAACGUACCGUCAUGAAGAGGUACACGGUGAAGCCUAUAUGCUAUGCUCGAGUCCGCGAUACAAUGUUGAGAGGCUGAAGGAUUCUGCUUUGCCAGGUGCCGUGCGCCUCGAAGAACUUGACACAGCACUCCUGCAUCAUGUUGCUUCUAGGGUGCCCACAAAACCGGGAUCUGCUGUAGAUGUCGUUUCGGCUGUUAAUGAAGUAACCAAAUUACAAAAGGCAGAUUAUGAAGGGCAGUUUGGAUUCGAUAAAUGCGUUUCAAUGACCGGUAAGGUCGUUGACCCAUAUGCGUCAAAGACACAACUAUGGCAAUGCCCCGAGGAGUUUAAAAUCCCAGGUUAUAGAAAUGCUGAUACACCAAGAAUCACUAUUAAAUCGACAACAAGGGACUCUGUAGAUGAUGCAUUCGCUGAUGAGACUACGAGUACACUAAAAUCAUACACGUUGAGUAUAGAUGAGCUUUACGAUGUACAUGGACUUGACAAGCGUAGUGAAAUGCUGUAUAAAGAACAACAUGAAGAAGAGUAUUAUGACACAGAUAUGUCAUUGGAUGAAUUAAUAGCUAAAUAUGUGGUUCUGCGUAAAAAGCCAGAUUGCCCACCUACUAUAUUGAGAACCUUGAAGCAUCUAAUUUGUUUGAAAAUGGGUAAGGAUAAGCUUUAUAUAAGAAACAAAACUGCAAUCUCUACAUCAACUGAUAGUGGCAUGCCGGUCGAUGGAAUGAUGCGGAUUACCCUACGAAAAAUAUUAGACACAGUACAGGUGCUACAUCCAGUGGAUGGCACAGAUGUAGAUGAACCUCGUAGAACUCUUAUUGAGGAUGAUGAUGCAAGUGUAUACACCUAUUCUAGCGUAUCGUUAUCGAGUUAUUUCAGCGUACAUGAAGAUGUACAUAUACCUGCUGAUGAUAGGACACUUGCUAAAACUUGGGAGUUAAACUACCAUGAUGAUGUUGUUGAGUAUUACGGAGUUGUGACGGUAAUAGACGAAAAUAUGUCCCAGAUAAUACCGAAUAAUUGCGCAACAGUAUAUUGUGAAUUGGUGGGAGAUAAAAUAUCAGUUUACAACCUCAGAGGAUCGUUUGUAUCAGCUGCUGGAGCAGUGGAUAAGGAACCAAUAUUAACAGUACAUAUCGAUGCAUCGUUCACAUGCACGCCGCCUAAACGUAAAAAUAAAUCCACUGAAGCAAUGCUGCGGCUUAAUGGACUUAACUAUACCCUAAGGGGUGUAAAUUCAUCAGAGACAACUUCAGAAGAUGCGGGCAUUUUUAUAAAACUAGUAGCAGAAGAUAUAGAUAUAUCCAAGUGGUGGGCAGCUAUUACAUCAAGGCAAAAAUUAAAAUCCUAUAUUGAUUUGUUGGAAAACGAACAUAAAUUACACUUAUACAGUAGCAACCUCGAUUUGAUACAUUACCCCAAUCUACGAAAAGUUGAUCUUUCUGGAUUAGAGUUCAAUAGUCAUCUGGAGAAGUCCAUUUUGAAAUCAUAUAUUAACUCACCUUUGAUCAUAUUGGACGUAUCGCAUAGGCUAUUAAAGGACGACGACUUAGCGGACUUUUGCAACAUAUGGGAUUGCUUCAUUCAUACACUUAUAUUAUCGCACAAUGCAUUGCAUUUAGCCAAUAAUAUGGAUCAAUUCGUACAGUUUAUAAACAAGACAAAGGUGCAACGGCUCUACCUAGACGGUAAUGAAUUGUCAUCUGAUGGCAUUUUGAAAUUGCCCGGUUUAUUCACCAGUGGGCACCUAAAAUAUUUGAGUUUGCGGCAAUGUACACUACAUGACAGUAUACAGCAGGCGUUAUCAUCAAUCAAUAAGAUUCUUACAGUGGCAGACAGAGUGAUUGUUGAUGUGAGGGAAGUUGAGGCAUCAGAUUCAACGUUGCACUAUUUAAUGAAGCACCCAUUCAGCAGACUGAGGGUGGCAACGUCGGAUGCUCACUUGCUCUUCCCCGAAUACAAAUUAGAGAAUUUCAUGGAUGUACACAGCAAAGAAGCCAUACAUAGCCUGGGAGCAUUAUACUGCGGAAGACUUAUAUCAGCUAGAGAGGGUCUAUUGAAAAUACCGUUCCGAAGACUAAGAGAGCUAUGUCGACCACGAGAUAAGCAAUACGUCUUGGCAAAGAAACACGCGUUCUUUGAAUAUAGACCGCCCUACCUCGUAAUGUAUACACUAUCGAAGAAAAAGAAAAGUAAAGGCAAACCCCAACCAGGAUCAAUUGCAUUUAUCGUCUUCGUUACAUCAUGCAGUAUAGCACAUAUGAAUGAUCUCAGGUGGUUACACGUUAUAGGAAAUAAACCAAGGCUUGUGAAUGCAACAUGGUAUAAGAAAAACAAAGAUGAAAUCCCCAAUGACACAGAGUCUAACCAUGAAGUACGUAUGUUAGUAAGAGCCUAUUCGGAUGCUGCAACAAAAAGAUGGUUCGAAGUUAUUAGUCGUACCAUUGCUGGUAUUGUUUAUGUUAAACAUCUCAGGAAGCAUUACGGGUGUUUUAUAUCGAAGCAUAUACUUUCAUUUUGUAGCAGAUAUGACGCCUCGCAUCUUGUACUAUAUGACUUACCUUACGAUAAGGAGUUAUGGAUAAAGUUUUUUGCUAGUCUUAACUCACAGUCAAUGUUACGAGUAAUGGAUUUUUGUAACAAGAAGUUAACUGCACAACAACUGACGUUUGAUCAAUAUCUGUUUGCAGGAUUAAACCUAGAUAGGUUAGAUUUCUCCUUCAACGAGAUCAAUUUAACCGAUGCUUCACCGCUUGUGUUUAAUGCACUGCUGCCGUUGGUAGUUUGCAGUGUAUAUAAUAUAAGUGAUAACCCCCUGGGAGAUUGCAGAAUGUCUGCUGAUUUAUUCAUUAAUGUUUGCUUAAAGGGGAAAGCAGUGAAAGUCUGCAUGAACAGAUGCCAAUUGGGAGAUCGAUUUUUAAAAGCUGUGAUUAAUGCGAUACAUGAGCCAAAGGAAUCAAAAUCUAUACCGCACUUGGAAAUCUUGGAAUUGGAAGGUAACAAUUUCAGCAAUAAAAUCUUACAGGAUUUUGUAACUGUAGCCAACGAAUUCUUCCCAUCGUUAGUCACCAUCAGAAUACAUGGAUCCAUUGCAACACCAGGACUCACAGAAGAGCAGCUUAACGAACACAAUAUCUUCACAAUGGAUCCAUGCUCGAAUACCGAACCUGCACAUGGCAGCUUUACUAGAAUCAAACACGUUAAGAAGGAAAAGAGAACCACCCGGGAAGUUAUCAACAAACUACUCGAAUUAGGAGUGGAAGAAGCAAUUGCUAAACGCUAUGGCGUUUAACCUUCACAGGAAUAAUAUCGUCAUUCCAUUUUAACUAAUAAACGUUUGAUGGUUAAGAACACCCUUGAUAGCUUAACCU